CAGGGCUCGACAAAUGACAGGUCGCCAUGUAGCUGUCCAGCAGCCCGCCCUGGGGAGCAACACGGUGGUCGGCUGAUGCAGUGCGUGAGGGAGCAGUGAUCUUCCUGCAGCUCCUCUCUGCUCCCUCGUGCUGUAUAGUGAUGCCGAGAGCUGGAAUAUGAUGUCAUUCCGGCCCUGGCAUCCCAACAGGGAGAAGAGGGGAGCUGCAUGUAGAUUACUACUCCCUCGCAUACAGGAAGAGAGCAGCCCCAAUGGACCCCAGGGAAAGUCCACUCAGCUCUUUCAAAGAUCAUUGUAACGCCAUGAUAUGAACAUUUUUCAUUACUCUGCUCAGAAUGAUGUCCACUGAUCAGCUGAGCAUGGACAAUUAUUCAGAUGAACAGCAGAUACAAGUGGUGACUCAAUUUAAGACUGAACAGGACCCUGUGUGUGCAGAGCCCGCAACACAGAGUCCUGCAACUGCAGAUAACCCCAUGGAAACUGAUAAACAGGCUAUUUACAGACAUCCACUCUUCCCCUUGCUUGCCCUGCUCUUUGAGAAGUGUGAGGGCUGCACACAGGGCUCUGAAGGUACAACUUCCGCCAGUUUUGACCUGGACAUUGAAACCUUUGUGAGGAGGCAGCACAAGGAGGGAAAGGAUUUCUUCUCCGAUGAUCCAGAGACAGACAGCUUGAUGGUGAAAGCAAUCCAGGUUCUGAGGAUCCACCUGUUAGAGUUGGAGAAAGUGAAUGAACUGUGCAAGGAUUUCUGCAGCCGCUACAUUUCCUGCCUUAAGACCAAGAUGAACAGUGAAACUUUACUGAGUGGAGAUGCUGGCGGACCCUACUCCCCAGUGCAGAGUGGACUUAGUGGUGCUCUCAGCCCUCAAGGGAUUGUGGUUCCUGCAUCUGCUUUGCAGCAAGGAAAUGUGGCUGUGGCAACAGUAGCAGGUGGCACGGUAUACCAACCAGUGACAGUGGUCACUCCACAGGGACAAGUUGUGGCUCAAGCAUUGUCGCCGGGCACCAUCAGGAUCCAGAAUUCACAGCUCCAGUUACAACUCAGCCAGGAUCUAGGGCUUCUGCAUUCAGAUGAUGGGUCUGGAAAGAACAAGCGAGGAGUGCUCCCCAAACAGGCUACUAAUGUCAUGAGAUCGUGGCUUUUUCAACACAUUGGGCAUCCGUACCCCACGGAAGAUGAGAAGAAGCAGAUUGCUGCUCAGACUAACCUUACGUUACUUCAAGUUAAUAACUGGUUUAUUAAUGCUCGACGAAGAAUCCUUCAGCCUAUGUUAGAUUCCAGUAGCAGUGACACUCCAAAAACCAAGAAGAAGAGUGGCCAGAGCCGACCUGUGCAGAGAUUUUGGCCAGACUCUAUUGCAGGAAGCUUAACUCAGCAUGGGGAGGACAUGAGCAUGUCAGAGGGUACAGUGGUGACUCUUUCUGCCCCCGGUUCUCUUGGAGCAGACAGUUUGCAAUCUCUGACCUCAGAUGGUGCCACCCUGGCUGUACAGCAGGUCAUGUUAGGAGGACAGAGUGAUGAUGAUUCUAUGGACACUGAUCAGGAGGACACAGUACUGAGUGCCAGGGAUCUUAGGGGGCUGGUACUAAGUGGAGGAGGAUUAGAGUGACAGAGCCAUACGGUGUGACAGUUGCUGUCCUGGCAGUGGUAUCAGUGCCAUACCCGCUGUAUGGUGACAUCCCAGAGUCUUUUGGUGCUGCAAUCAAGUUUUUUUUCACUGACAACAAAUGUUUUGCACCUUAAAAAAAAUACUGUGAGUACUUCCCAAGGAAUUGCUUCCGAAUGGCUCUCUCCCUCAGGACAGAGGGACCCACUUGUAACUAGUAAGUGGAACUGCAAGUCAAAGUAUUGCCAAACCUCCCAGAAACAAUCUGGGGCUGGAGAGAGCUUGUUUGCAGCUAAAGGGUGGGCUCCGGAUCCCUGAUUCCAGCCAGGACUCCCUCUUGGAAGACAGAGUUGGCAGAGAUUGCUUGCAAGGCACUCUGACUGGUGGAGUGUGCUGUGACUGCGGCGCGGUACACGGAGUACAUAAGUGAAUUGCUGGUUUUACCAUCCAAAUAGAACUGUAUUUUUGUAGAGUUGUGAGAGAAUAAACCUUGGGUAACAACUUUUA